AUGGAGCACAGAGAUGAGAUGCCCAGGAGGCGCCGCAUGAAGCGAAGAAACGAGACUCGUGAACGCGAUAUCACCAGGAUUGAGACCGACAAAAGCGCUGCUCGCCGUCGCAGGAUUCGUCGUGGUGACGACGAGAAAAAAGUGGAAGACGAGGCCGUCGAGAGUUCGGGUGACGAGAGUGACGACGAAGACAAAGCCAAAUCCACAUCCGGGAGCUCGAGCACGAUAGCUUCUUCAACGGCACCACCUCCAGGCAGAACGACACUUUCGCCUUCACCACUGCCGCCGCCAAUCGCUCCGCCGCCUUCAGUCACUGUGACUCCGCCUCCAGCGGAGGCUAGUACUUCAGCAGCUGUGCCUCUAUCGACGACAACAUCAGCCACGUUGGAAAGUCAAACUCUACCUCCGGCAUCAACCACACUAGAUACUCAGACCAUCAUAUCUGCCGCGCCCACAGUGGAAACUCAAACAUUGGAAUCCAGCACGGUGUCAACCACUAGCCAGUCUUCCAUCAACACACCGAUAGCUGCAGGGGAGACCACAGAUCCCCCACGAGCUCAGAAUGGAGCCGGCCUCAGCCGCCAGUCCACCGGUGUGCCCCCCGCGGCCACGGCCGCAAUCGCGGUCUUCGGAUCACUAGCCGGCGUCGGCCUCCUGGCCUUCCUCUUCUGGAAGCUGUACCGCCGGCGACGCGGCCGGGACGAGCCCGAUCAGAGUUUUGGGCAGGAAUCUUUUGGCAGCGGUCCCAAGUCCGACAUCCGCAUCAUGGAUGAGGCGAUAGCCGCCGCCUACAAGGCGGAGGGUGGCAACAGUACCAUGGCUCCCUCAACGCGUUACAGCGGAUUCAUCCCACCACGCGACGACCCCAGUCGGUACGGGACCGCCGACCAAGGCGUGUCGCGGUGGAGCGAUUCCACGCCUGGCUGGUUCAGGCGACAGGUGCAAAAGGUGAAAUCCACCACCAGCCCCGGCGCCGCCGGCGCGGCAGCAGGAGACGAUUCAUCGCCCAAGGACGCCGCCGUCUCCAGGUGGAUGGACCGGCACGCAAGCCGCAUGCUCGACCCGAUGGCGGCGCGGGCCAGCGUCGCGUCGAGCGGCGCCGCCAGCCUCCGGGGCCUGGGCCCCGUGCCCUCCGUGUCGCCCGCCUCCGUGGUGGGCGAUCAGCGGGAGAGCAUCCUCAGCGAGAUGGGCCAGAUCAGACGGGCUGCCGUGCCGCCGCCACUCGAUCCGAAGCUGGUGCAGAGGGUCAAACAGAUGCAGGAAGAGAAACGGAUGCGAGAGCAGGAGCAGACCCGCGGCCCCACUGGUGGGGGCGUCGAAGAGGGUGCGCUGCGGCCGCCUCCGCCCAUAGCCGAUCGCCGCGGGGACAGUAGUCCAACGGCGAUGAGCCAGGCCCAGACUGAGACUACGUGGAACACAUGGGGAGUGGAGCAGCACCGCAAGUGA